GCCGGAUGCAGACAAGAGCGCAUAGUUUACAAGGCACGGGGCUGUCCAAGGACAGUGUCACUUCUGAGCAACCAUGGCAGGGGAAAUUGUUUAUGCUGAUUUAAGGCAUCCUGGGGAUGGGUCUUCUGCUGAGAAGCAUAGUGAACCUGCCUUCUGUCCCUGGUGGCACAGGCUCCUUCUCAUAGCCGGGGGGCUGGGGCAACUCAUCCUGCUGGUCCUGGUGGUGGUGCUGAGUGUGCGGGUUUUUCAGGGCUCCCCACAGCCAGUGGUGACAAGAGUUCCGCAGCUGGGCAGUGGGAUCCAGGGAAAGAACCAGGUGGAGCAGUGCAUGUUUUCAUCCCUGGUGCGGUAUUUCUGCAAACCUCAAGGGAACAGCCCCACAGCCUAUGCUGGCUGCAAGCUGUGUCCUCAGGACUGGCAGCUCCAUGGAGAAAGAUGCUACUGGUUUUCUGAGGAAUUGGGAAACUGGAGUCAAGGCAUGAAAAGCUGUGAAAAUCAGGACUCCCAGCUGGUGGUGCUCCAGGACAAGAAAGAAAAGGAGCACAUCAAGACUGUUACAGGCAAUAGUCCACUACCAGUAUGGAUUGGGUUAAGGUCACAUCAGAAAGUGUGGAGUUGGGUGGACAACACACCUUUCAACCCCAGAAUGCUUGGUACCUCUCUGUAUGAGAUGGAUGAAGGGUGUGGGACACUGAGAGGCAAGGACUUCAAAGUUAAGAAAUGUGAUGCUGAACACAAGUGGGUUUGCAAAAAAAUGCCACUUCUGCUCCGCUCUGUGACAGCAGAAAAUGGAGAGAAAAGCGAUGCCUCCAUCUGACAAACACCCACCCCAAAAUGCCCAUCCCACAAGACAUUUGCUACCAAUAUUUGGGGUGAAAUAGCCCCAUCCUCACAGUUACAGCUUUGCAGGAGAUUUCAGGGUUUGCAAAUCCUCUUACCAUGAGGACAAAGACUAGUUUUGGUGGCACAGAUAAGACCCUGAGCUGCAGAAUCAGAAAGGCUUGUGCCUCAGGCACAGUGUUGAUA